UUUACACUUGACCCGUGACACAGCCAUGAUUCUGAAACGUCGGUGUCAUUCAUGUUUGACUUCAGAAUUUGCUAACCUUCAGUACCCAAUCCGAUUCUUUACGUACUCACUUCCGGCGGGGUGAGUGCAAAUUCCGAUGGGACUAGCUCUAUUCGAUCGACACUUGAUAAAGGGAGGUCCAAAGGGGGGAAACUAACUCAGGGCAGUGCAGUGGCUUACAUUCGCCAAUGAUAUUGGUUGCAUAACACCACACACCGUUUCAAGUUUCAAGUGAAACUUCGGGGGUUUUCAGCUGGAGAUAUAUAAGCAGGUGCAUGUGUAUCCCUUGCGUGCAAGACCAAAUUUCUGCCUCUCGACCGAAUGGAGACGAAGUACUCAUCUGAAGAUAUCGCAGCGGCGAUGAGUUUGCAGAUUUACGCACACGUAUACACGUCGAUGGCUACACUCUGGGUCUAUGAAUACGCUUGUUCAUUUCAAGAAGAGUGGACAUUCCUGCUUCAAUCGCGGUGGACCAAGGUAAAAGGUCUUUAUAUCGCUACCCGAUUUGUGCCUUUUCUCCUUUCGAUCAUACAUCUAUAUGCGAACUUCAUUCCGAACGACGACCCUGCUAAAUGUAAGGUCUUGAUGAGUAUUUGCUCAGUUCUCGGCCAGAUAUCAGUCAGUUUCUCCGAAUUCUUCUUCCUCCUCCGAACAUAUGCACUCUGGAGACAUAAUCGAUUCGUGCACGUUUUCAUACUGGCUUUUACCCCCGUCUCAUGUUUCUUACGCUCUUACAUGCCAUACAGAGCUGGCGAAUGACCAACGGCCGUCUGUACAUCAUCCUGGUGAAGAGUAACAUUUUCUACUAUUCAUGCAGUCUGU